AUUUAAUACAAUGUCCUGAAAUCACCUCAUCCACUGAUAUCCUUUUUGGUGGUUUUCAUUCUCAAAAUACAUCUGAGACACCAAUUUACAGCCAGUUUCUCAGAAAUUAUGCUAGAAGUAGAAUCUACAUUAGAUAUAUGCACCAUCCUAUCCAAGAAAACUUAGCACAUGAACCUCAAAUUCCUGAAAAUAAUCCUCUUUCUGCUCCAAUUCAACCAUAUAGAAGGAGGUCUGUACUUUCUACAAGAAGUGCCCUUUUGGCAGUGGUAGUUAUAUUUGUUUGCUCAUUUUUUACAUUGCUGUUGGUUUAUGCCAACUUCCCAAAUGUAACAAGUGAAGAAAGGCAACACAUUCGUUUGCCAUGGAAUAUCGAACAAGCUAAAAACUUAGGUAUAGUGCUGAGCAAGUACAAAGAACAACACUAUGUUCCUGUCUUGACUGGUGUAUUUUUGACAUAUAUAUUGAUCCCUUUUCUUAUCAAUAUUAUCAGGUUUUCUGUUUCCAUUCUACUUAGCUCUAUGCUUGGUUUGUACAUGUUCAGCAGUAGGAGCCACUCUUUGCUUUCUAUUGUCUCAACUUCUGGGUAG